GCGUUUUCGCGCAGCCAGAUAGAGACAGACUUAGUACACGUCCCGGCGCAGCAGCAUAUAGCUAUAAGCUAUAGUUUGCGAAUAGGGCAAAUUCGCGCAGGCGCAGCAGCGCCGAUACCCGACCGGCGACGACGACGACGAGCUUCUGCGCACAUAUGCACACCCUCGCGCCCGUACCCACAGGCCACAUGCACGUAUACGCAACACACACUUGCGAGUUUACCGCUCUCUCGCUCGCUCUCCCCCAUCAGUAGGUAGUCCGUUUCGGAGUCUCUAUCGCGCGCGCGCACGCAUAUUAGUUCCACACACGGAGGAGCCCAAGCUGCCCAAGGCACCGCUGAUUUCUGCGCCAGGUUCGACUCAACCGCACCAACAACGAUAAAAAAAUGUCUCCUCCCACGUACGGUGAUCUUGGAAAGAGCGCUCGCGACGUAUUCGGCAAGGGAUACCACUUUGGUCUUCUGAAGCUCGAUGUCAGUACCAAGACAGACUCUGGUGUGGAAUUCUCCUCCGGUGGAGUCUCCAACCAAGAUACCGGCAAGGUCUUUGGUACCCUUGAGAGCAAGUACAAGGUCAAGGAGUAUGGCCUGACCUUUGUCGAAAAAUGGAAUACGGACAACACUCUUGGAGCUGAUAUUACUCUUGCUGACAAGCCACUACAAGGUCUCACUAUCGGUUACAGUUCCACUUUCUCUCCUCAGACUGGAAACAAAACUGGUAAGCUGAAGAGCACAUACAAACACGAAAAUGUUGCUGUCACUGCUGACUUCGAUCUGAGCCUGUCUGCUGGUCCUCUGAUCAAUGCCACCACAGUAGUAGGAUACCAGGGUUGGUUAGCCGGCUACCAAGCUGGUUUCGAUUCCCAAACCAGCAAAGUUACUAAGAAUAAUUUUGCACUUGGCUUCAAGGCCUCUGAUUUCCAUCUUCACACAUCUGUCGACAAUGGACGUGAAUUUGGAGGAUCAAUCUACCACAAGAUUAAGCCUGGUUUAGAAGGUGCCGUCAACCUUGCUUGGAACUCCAGCAACAACGUCACGCAGUUCGGACUUGGUACCAAGUACGAUCUCGAUCGCGACGUCAGCGUGAGGGCCAAGGUAAACUCUCAACUCCAAAUUGGAUUGGGAUACCAGCAGAAAUUACACAGUGGAGUUACUCUCACUCUCUCUGCAAACAUUGAUGGCAAGAACUUUGGAUCUGGUGGCCACAAGGUUGGUCUCGCACUGGAGCUGAAUGCUUAAAUUUCAAGAUCAAAGUGAAUCCUGCCCCCCAUGAAAAUACUUCAUUACACUUGCGUCAUAAUGACCAUGUCACGAUUACAUGCUUCAGACCGGUUAUUGCCUGUAAAGUAAUGUAGGUAGACUUACCCACGAGAGGGUCACCUGAACUAUAAUGCAUAUUGUUUACGAGACAGUUUUUUGUCAUUUGUUUACACAGCCCGCAGGAUUAAGAUUGUAAAACAUACGGCGUAAGACGUGACGCAAAUAAAAUUUCAUCGAGACAAGAUUUAAAAAAAAGUUCUGUAAUAUGGCUGUAAAAAGCAUCAAGAUUGUUGAAUUUUAAAAAGUCAGCCUCAUCUUUCAAAUAAAGUUUAGUAUCAGUACGAUGUUGGAAACUAGUAUAAAACGGUAUGGAACUAUCCAUAGAGAACAACAAUAAAGAAAGUUAAAUCGAAAAAAAACGAA